CGGCAGCCAAUAGCCACUUAUCAUCUUGAAAACAAUUUGGAAGUCGUACACUUACAAGAUUUGCUGGAGCAGCUUGCUAUAGCUUCAUCUUUCACCAGAAGAAUGGAAGUGAGGAACAGAUUCAUAACUAUAAAGAGGCAUAUAGAAGGCACACCAAAAGAGUCCGACUUCGAGCUUAAAGCUGAAACUCUUGAUCUCUCAUCAGUCGAGUCAGGUUCCAGUUACAUAAUUCUGAAACAUCUCUAUGUAUCAAUAGAUCCUUAUCAAAUGAACCGGAUGAAGAGUUAUAGCUCUUCUCACAAGGCCAUAAAUGCUGCAAGUCCAAUUGCUCCGGGCCAUGUCAUCGAAGCUCGUGGUCUGGCAAAAGUUGUGGCUUCUGGAAAUCCUGAGUUUCAAAAGGAUGACUUGGUUGUGGGGCUUAUAAGUUGGGGAGAGUAUAGUAUUAGAAAAUCACCUGGCUUGUUAACUAAGUUGGACCCCAUUGGCUUACCAUUGUCACACCAUGUAGGAAUACUUGGAUAUAGUGGGCUGACAGCCUAUGCUGGACUUUUUGAUAUAUGCAAGCCCAUGAAAGGAGAGAAAGUGUUUGUAUCAGCUGCUUGUGGAUCAGUCGGAAAUUUGGUGGGACAAUAUGCAAAACUCAUUGGUUGCUAUGUUGUAGGCUGUGCUGGAAGUAAAGAAAAGGUAGCCUUGCUAAAGGAUAGGCUUGGUUUUGAUGAUGCAUUCAACUAUAAGGAAGAAACUGACUUGAAGUUAACUCUCAAGAGGUACUUUCCUGAUGGUAUUGAUAUUUACUUUGACAACGUUGGAGCUGAAAUGCUGGAAGCAGCAACAGCUAAUAUGAACAACUUCGGUCGAGUAGCUGCAUGUGGAGUAAUUGCAGAGUACACAAAAGGUGGAAGAAGAGCAGCACCAGACAUGAUAGAUGUAGUGUACAAGAGGAUUAAGAUCCAAGGAUUUUUAGUCCCUGACCACUCCAAUCUUUAUCCGGAAUUUAUGGCAACAACCUGUGAUUACAUUCGUAAUGGCAAGAUUCAGGUUCUAGAGGACAUCUCAGAUGGUAUCCUGAGCAUCCCUUCUGCCUUUGUUGGACUGUUUAAGGGUGAUAAUGUUGGAAAGAAGAUGGUGAAGAUUGCCGAUGAAAUUUAACCUGCAACUGAGGUGAAAAAUGGAACCCAUAAAUAAAUUAUUACACAAUUUUCAUUAUAAAUGUACUCGCUUCAAUUACUCGUUACAUCUAUUAUUCUCUUCUUUCUCAAAUAUUUAUAUAUACCCUAUAUCCGUUGGUGACUA